AUGAGCGUGUACACCGAGAAGCCCGCGGACCUUCCUCUGCUUGCCUCGAUCGGCAUGGAGAGCGUGAGCGGCGGCCGCGGCGGCCGCCGUGGCGGCAUGGGUGGUCCUGGCCGUGGCGGCAUGGGCGGCCGUGGCGGUGGCCGCACGAGCGAGGAGCGCUUUGCGAACGCGCAGCGCGGUGCCUUUGGUGCGAGCGGCCCGAUGGGUGCCUUUAAUGGCGGCUCGCGUGGCCACAGCAUGUCGCGUGGCGGCAGCGGUGGUGCGCUUCCCUCGCGCGAGACGAUGGGCACCGGUAUUCCGAUGGGCGGCCGCCCCAAGAGCAACCGUGGCCGCCAGCGUGGCCCCCACGUCAAUCCCCCCGAGAAGGGUGGCCCGACGAUCCCCAUGGAUCAGGUCGCGCCGCUGGCCUACAGCGAGAACCGCUGGAAGCCGCAGAGUCUCGAAGAGGGCCAAAAGGCGGGUGUCGACCACACGAUGCUUGUGGAGCGCAAGGUCAAGGCGCUGCUGAACAAGCUUACCGUCGAGAAGUUUGAGUCGAUUAGCGACCAGAUUGUCGGCUGGGCGAACGAGUCGAAGAACGAGACGGACGGCCGCACGCUGCGCCAGGUCAUUGCGAUUGUCUUUGAAAAGGCGAUUGACGAGGCGGCGUGGAGUGAGAUGUACGCGCAGCUCUGUGCCAAGAUCCAGGUCCACCUCGACCCCGAGAUCCGCGACGAGGUGCUGGACGAGAAGGAGGGCAAGGAGUACCGCGGCGGUUUCCUUUUCCGCAAGUACCUGCUCACCUGGUGCCAGGGCGACUUUGAAAAGGGCUGGGGCGCCGCCAAGGAGGAGAGGAAGCCCGAGAACGAGCCCGAGCUCCUCUCUGACGAGUACUACGCCGAGCAAAAGGCCAAGCGCCGCGGUCUUGGUCUCGUGCAGUUUGUCGGUGAGCUGUUCAAGCUGCAGAUGCUCCAGCCGCGUAUUAUGCACACGUGUAUUGUGCGCCUGCUGCGCACCACGACCGAGCCGGAGGAGGACGAGAUCGAGAGCGUGUGCCGCCUUUUGUCGACGGUCGGAUACCUGCUUGACUCGAGCCAGGGCAACCACAAGAGCCGCAUGGACGUGUACUUUAAGCGCAUCGACGAUAUCCUGCAGAGCGACAAGAUCUCGUCGCGCAUGCGGUUCAUGCUCCUGGACGUGGUGGACCUCCGCUCGCAGAACUGGGUGCCUCGCCACGACACGAGUGCGCCCAAGACCAUUGCCGAGAUCCACGCGGAAGCUGCGAAGCGGCAGCAGCAGAAGGAGGCCGAGAAGUUUUCGCUCUCGCGUGGCGGCUCGCGCCGCGGCCAGCAGCGCAACGAUCCCCCGCCGCCGUCCUCGGGCGGCGACGGGUGGAGCACGGUCGGUGGACAGAGUGCGCCGCCGCCCCGCCAGGGCCGCGCGGGCGACCUGUCGGCCUUUGGUAAGGGCAUUGACCGCUCGUCGAGCGGCAAGCUCGGCGGUGGCCCCCAGAGCAUCUUCUCGCGCAAGCAGGGCAAGGGCAGCGAAGAGAGCAGCCCUGCGCCGUCGCGCAACUCGUCGACGGGCAACAUGUUCAACCUGCUCAACGCCUCGCAGGAGGGUGGCGGUGAGGAGCCGCAGCGCCCUAAGCUGCAGCUCCAGCCGCGUACCAAGCCGACCGACGAGGAGGAGAAGAAGGACGAGAUGAGCGAGGAGGACGUCAAGCGCAAGACGGCGAACGACGUCAAAGAGUACCUCGCCAUCCGCGACAUUGAGGAGGGUGUGCAGAGCAUCGAGGCGCUUCCCGAGAAGAACCGUGCGUCGUUUGUCGACGCGCUCAUCGCCGCCGUCCUCGACAAGAAGCAGGACCAGGUCGAGGACGCGGGCAAGCUCCUCGGCACGCUGCGCGAGCGCAGCGUUCUCGACGAGACGAUGCUCUCCGAGGGCUUCAAGGCGCAGCUCACCUACCUCGACGACACGUCGAUGGACGCUCCGAGCGCCUACUCGUUCAUGGCGCAGCUUCUUGUCGCCGCGCAGUUUGGCCGCGAGCAGAUCGACUCGAUGGGCGAGGUGAUGGAGGGCGAGGGCCUCAAGCCCCCGAAGGAGCGCCUCCUGGCCAAGGUCGACGACCUCUUGUAG